UAUUCUAGUUGGUGGCGGCAAUACGGUAUAAUGUUGAUUAUUAGUUGCAAUGAAAAUCAAGAAGAAGGCGCUGAUAGUGUUAUCAAACGUAGAUAUCAAUAUAGGACACAACAAAAUGGAAAUUAUUCAAAUCAACUUCGUGUGUGGAUUCACUCCAACAUGGCACAACAUCACAUGAACUCGCCAAGCAAACUAUACUUUCGAGGAUUUUGUUCUUCGUCAUCCUGGCCGUUUCUCAUUGAUAGUAAUGUUAUUUCCCACGUUUAUGUCAGCAAUGGAAUGCAUCUCAUGUCGCCUUCGGGAUUUUCCUCAAAUGUUUCACCCUCCCGCCGUUUUCCUUUGAAGGCGACUGCUCAGGCUGUUCCAACAAUAGCUCGCACUCCCACCUAUUGCCUGAAGCGAGGUACCAGAAGACGUAUGUCCACCAGAAAGCUUACUUACCGACUCAGGGUAGUUUUAUAGUGGGAUAAAGCAGCAAAGUCAGUUAAAAGAGUAUCUUAGUUGUUGUGCAUUUCGUGUAAGGUAAGGUUUUAACAACAGCUCUUGGAGUCCUGGAUUGUGGCGGUAUGAACUAUGGACCCACCAGACACACUGUCCCCGGGGCUCUAUGACUACGACCUGCUGGUUAUUGGAGGAGGAUCAGGAGGCCUGGCUGUGGCAAAGGAAGCUGCAGGGUUUAUGAAAAAGGUGCUUUUCCUUGACCUCUUGGCCCCAUCUCCAAGAGGCGCCGAGAGGGGUUCCUGUUCCGACAUAGACAGCAUCAGGAAGUUCUUGCAACAGGCAUCGCUGCUCAGGCAAGCUAUUCAAGACUCUCAAAAAUACGGCUGGAGGUUCAAACAAGAGGUGUUGCAUGACUGGAGUGAGCUGGUGCAGGCCGUGCAGGGGCAGGUGCGGUCUGCCAGCCUGGAGCUGAAGAGGGAGCUGAGGAGCUGCGGAGUCUCUCACCUCAAUGCUCAUGGACGGAUCGUGGCACCUCGCACAGUCGAGGUCACAGAUGUGGAUGGGAGGAAGAGGCGCCUGACAGCAGAAACCUUAGUCGUUGCUACAGGAACCACACCUCAGUGUCUGUGCAUACCUGGAGAAACAGAGUACUGCAUAACCAGCAAGGAUCUCCUCUCUCUGCCUCGCCCCCCAGGUCGCACCCUGGUGGUAGGUGGGUCUGCUGAGGGGCUGGAGUGCGCCGGCUUCCUCUCCGGUCUUGGGUUGCCGGUGACCGUCGCCCUGACACCCGAUCUCCUCCCUGGGUUCGACCAGAAAACGGCCAGGAAGAUAGAAAACCACAUGAUUGUUGCAGGGGUGGACUUCCUUUACCGUUGUUCACUGAGCAAGGUGGAGCAGACUAAGGAUGCUACUUCAGCAGGUGAUUCUGCAGCAGCACCUCAGCAGGGCCGUGAGGGGACACUCAGAGUGACUGUCAUCUCCAAGGAAGGCCAGACUCUACAGAAAGACUUCGAUACAGUGCUUGUCGCUGUCGGGAGGAAGGCUUGCACCAGCGACAUUGGCCUGGAGAGCGUUGGGGUUCAGCGCUGCCGGGACAGUGGCAGGAUUCUGGUGAACGAGAGGGAUCAGACCAGCGUAGAUCACAUUUACGCCAUCGGGUCGGUGCAGCACGGACGCCGCUCUGCUACGGGCCUCUCAGUGCAUGCUGGGAAACUGCUGGCUCGUCGACUCUAUGGCGGGGGCAGCGUCCUGUGUGAUUACACUUGUGUACCCACUGUCGUGCUCACGCCACUGGAAUAUGCUGCCUGUGGUCUAUCUGAGGAGAAAGCCAAGCUGACAUUUGGAGAAGCCAACGUUGAGGCGUACCACAGCCACUACUGGCCCCUGGAGUGGAUCCUUCCCGCAAGGAACAAAAACUCCUGCUAUGUGAAAGUCGUCUGCCAUAUCCCAGAUCACGAGCGUGUAGUCGGCCUCCAUAUCAUGGGCCCCAAUGCUGGAGAUAUCCUCCAGGGUUUCGCCGCUGCGAUGAAAUGUGGUCUCACCAAACAACAGCUCGAUGCCACAGUGGGCAUCCACCCUGGAUCAGCCCAGGUCCUCACCUCGUUGACCCAAACCCAGCGUAUGUCUGAGGCCUUGAUGGUGAGGGGAAACUGCUGAGGGUAGCUCCCUGCUGUCUGUCUCGUCCUGUUGGCCUAUAGCAACAGUUCGAGACAGACAGCAGGGGAGUGCUGUGUUUGAGGAGUGACGCCGGGGCAGCGUGGCCUCCUGACCACCCAAUGACGUCUUCACCUGAAGCCUGACAGACAGACAGGCGGGCGAGGACUGAUGCUCUGCUGCUGACACACUUCUAGUUUUUCAGCAUGUUCCUGUUUGUGCUCUUUAGGUUUGUUUGCACUUUCUGUGAACUUUGGUCUUUGAGUGUAACAUUGAAAUAUAUACGGUCCUGUUAAUGCAUUUCUGUAGCUCUCAAAUUUGGGGAUGAUAACAUGCUCCCUAAGAUUCCGCCUUUGAAAGGCUCUGUAAGCUUGUAGCAGGGGUUUAAAGGCUGUAGGAGAGUGAUAAGGCUCUGGGAUUUGAUGCAUGUACAUGGAGUGAAAGCUCUGGCUUAUAACUUGUGUUUUCAUUGCUAUGGCACACACCUCAGGAGCUUCAAAACCUUAAUUUCAUGUAAUGAACUAGACGGGGAUUAUGAACUUAAUCGGCAAGUGCUCUCACUUUAAUUAAUGCAAAUGAUGUCUUCAUGGAGACAUUAGGCCAGAGGUCCUGAUGCACAGUCUUAUUUGUUUUCCCUCUUUUAUACUUGCUGUCUGAUUCAACAUGACCAAACACAGAGACCGUUUUAAACCAGUGGUUUAGUACUGAUGCGAGUCAUUAAGUCUCAUACAAAUGAACUGGAGGGCAGAUAUUUCUUAAAGUCUGCCUCUGGCUCUCCGAGUUCCCCAACCACCUCAGCUCUGCGCUCUGCAUUUAGAUUAAAAAAAAUGUACAUUUGUUCACUUACAUGUUUGUGUCCUGUGCAAGGGCGUCAUUUGGAUUCUCAGUGUGACACAGUUUGUCACGAAGACGAGAUUCCAUCCACUCUGUGCUAAUGCAUGUACUUCCAUGUCCACCGUGCACCGCUGCAGAACGACUGCAUGCAAAUUAGUUAUACUCGAGACCACCUUUUGAUUCUCUCCAUGACAGACCUCCCCGUGUAAGACAGAUAUGUUAAUUAGAAAGAGUGCACGGGACUGUUUCUUUCGGCGUGUGCCUGAAAAUGCCAUUAGAGCAUAAUUUGAUCAAAGCCAAAGCAGCGUCCGUAACGUUGUGCGGCAAGGUUAAGAUGCUGUGCAGAGGUCUAUCCGUCACUGCCUGUGUGUCUUGAGCAGUGUUCAGAGGUUUUAACAGAGCCUUGCGCAGUGUGCUCUCUUGCACCGAUAGGUGGCACUGUAGCUGUAUGUUGGAUAGACGAAUGAAGCCAUGGUGUAUUUGGACAAGAACUGAAAGAAAAAUAAAAAGCAGGACAAAUAUACAGCUGUCAGGGGUGACAGUGAUUUCCAUUUCAUUAAAGGUGCUAUUGCUGCUUCUAUAAUGUUUGCAAUUGAUGUCGCCACUCGAGAUAGAGGAAGUGUUCGGAUUAAGGACCAAUACAGCAAUGCUAAAAAAAUGUUGUAUGAAAUAAAGUAAAAUUACUGAAGUAUGUCAGUAAUAUAUUUAAA